GUUCAAGUAUUUGCCUUUAGAAAAACAGCUUCAACACAGGGGGGUUUAUGGCGUUUAAUGAACACAGGUGCUCCUAUAGAUUAAAUAACGUGCGUAUUACCGUAUAAUACCCACUCACUUGACUGCAUGUCGUAAGUUAUUAAAUAAAAGCACAUAGAUGUUGUUGUUUAUCUUAAGGCGCUUUGCUGGUUUGCUAAAGUGAUGCAAUACGCCAGGAACGUCCCAAAGACAUCUGCUUUGAUGUAACGUCUUUAUACUGACGUGAAUUAAUGUCAGCAUACGUGUUUACAGUGUGUUGGUCCGGGACAAGAUUUACCAAGUCGUUAAACAAAAAUAAAUGAAGUAUGUUUAUUUUGGGGCUGGUGACGUCAUGCGAGAGACGCAAAGGUUGAAAUGGACCCCCUCCCGAAGUGACGUCGUAUUACAGCGCCUGAGACGGGUUCGCCGAGUCAAAAAGAAAACACCGUGAGAGCUUUUGUUGUUUUUGUACUAAAACAGAGCAAAAUGCCCAAAGUGAAGAGGAGUCGGAAGCCUCCUCCAGACGGGUGGGAGCUGAUUGAGCCCACUCUGGACGAGCUGGACCAGAAGAUGAGAGAAGCUGAAACAGAGCCUCAUGAGGGGAAGAGAAAGGUGGAGUCCCUUUGGCCAAUUUUCAGGCUGCAUCAUCAGCGGAGUCGAUACAUCUUUGACCUCUUCUACAAAAGGAAAGCCAUCAGCAGAGAGCUGUAUGAGUACUGUAUAAAGGAAGGCUAUGCAGACAAGAACCUGAUUGCCAAGUGGAAGAAGCAGGGCUACGAGAACCUGUGCUGUCUGCGUUGCAUCCAAACACGAGACACCAACUUUGGAACCAACUGCAUCUGCAGGGUCCCCAAGAGCAAGCUGGAAGUCGGACGGAUCAUUGAAUGCACCCACUGUGGAUGCAGAGGAUGUUCUGGCUAAGUGCAUUUUUUUGGACCUCUGGUCGAUUUUCUCUUGGGCAUCAGGGCUCACCCAGCCUCCAGCUGUGCAUUCUCAGAUCUCCAAAGUAACAUUGUCUUAUUUCAGUCACCUGAACCAGAAACAAAUCACUGAUAGCUUCAUCAUCAUCCUCAGCUGCUGCCCUUAUGGGGGUCAGUAUUUGGGACUCCUUUUUAACACAGGGGAGCAACUGAGAGGGGCCAUGUUGUAUUGCUUACAUUUGUUUUUCUGUGUGUUUUUUUUUAUUUUAAAUUUUGAAUAUAUUUUAUGCCCUGAACUCCAAAUGCUCAAAGUAGGAAGUUGAGGUUAACUGUUUCUGGAUCACGCCUGUCAUUCCAGCAAGUCAUAAGCACUGUGAGGGUCAGUUUAAAUUCUGUGUUUCAUUUCAUUUAAAGAAGGCUGGGAGGGAAAUGAUUUUUGUUUGAAAUGUCAUUGUUUUAAACCUUAAAACUGUUUCUUCAUUGUUCUUGUAGUCUAAUUUUAAAUAAAACCAUUCUGAUUUA